UGAAAAUCAUGUAUAGUAAAGUUUAGUUCACGUUUAUGUGAGCUAAGAUAAAGAUGUUGUAUAGGAUGUUAUAGAUGUGUGGAAUAUUGUAUGUUAGAUACAAGUAGAUGCAAAUUGCCAGUCAUGAUAAAACUGGCCCCUUACAGCACACCAGUCGUUUUGUCUUCAAUCAAGCCGACUGUCUGGGCAAAGGGGCCACCGCAGCAGUCUUUCUUGCACGAUCGAGGGAAACUGGUUCCCUGGUGGCGGUGAAGGCGUACUUUGACGACUCGCCGCACAACAGGCGCGCACGCCUUCGGGAGAUUGAGCUGCUGAGAAGGAACCAGCACAAGAACGUCAUGGCGUUCAUAGAGGAGGACCGCGUGGCCGAGUCAGGCCAGCCGGCUGUGAUACUGGAGUACUGCGCGGGCGGAAGUGUGUACAAUCAGCUGCAGGCUCCCGUCUGUUACUAUGGAUUCUCAGAGGAAGAUUUCUUAGCCUUUCUUAGAGAUAUUUCCCAUGGGCUUCAGUUUCUGAACUCACGUGAUAUCGUACACAGAGACAUCAAGCCGGGCAACAUUCUGAAGAGAAUCGAAAGUAAUGGAAGUUCAACAUACGUGCUCACCGAUUUUGGAGCCGCACGAGAGCUCGGGGAAGACGAAACAUUUAUGUCAAUAUAUGGAACAGAAGAAUAUAUCCACCCGCAUAUGUUCCAACGAGGUGUUUUAAGGCAGCAUGGUCAUAGCGAGUUUACGGCGUCCGUUGACCUCUGGUCGCUAGGGGUAACGCUCUUCCACGUGGCAUUCGGUCGUUUGCCUUUCCAAGCAUUUGGCGGCAGAAGUGACUCGGAAACAAUGUAUAAGAUCAUAUCCGAGCGCUCAUCCGGCGAGGUGUCUGGGUCGCAGAGGUUCCACAAUGGAUCCAUUGAGAGGUCAAAAGAACUACCGGAUACGUCGUAUUUAUGCAGGUCCUUGAAGAGUUUACUGAAGCCGGUAUUUGCGGGUCUGUUUGAUCCGGACCCAAUUAGGACUUGGAACUUUAAUACAUAUUUCCAAGCCGUUUCCGAUAUAACAGACAUGGUUACGUUACUCGUGUUUAAUUCGGGGACAUGCGAAAACAUACGGUUAUACCUAAAGAAAAAUGAAUGUCUCGUUCAUAUUCAAGAGAAGAUUGGUUAUUUGACAGAAAUACCCGCGAAUAGACAGAUAAUACUGUUGGGCGACAAACCACUAACAAAUGUUGUUGAUAUCAACGACCAGAUACAAAGCUUUCCAAAAGUAGUCCUAAAGACGACUUUAAUUGUCUAUGACAAAGAUGGUUGUGAACAGUACCAGUGCAAUAUACCUAAAAUACCCCCUUUUCCAUCGUUACCGUUAAAGACGUCACUUAGCAACGAUGAAGCGGUUGCUAAGCAAUGCGCAGGAAAUGCCUUCUUCGUUGAAUUCAACCUUAAACAGGUUCUCGAGAACCAACAUUUAGCUGUGGAAGCGUUGAUUCAUUUAAGAAAUCAUGACCAAGAUGCUCUUAAGCCAACGGAAGUGCUCAUUCCGGAAAUAGAAAAACAGACAGCGUUAGUGAAGGUGCGCAUAGAGAUGAUACGUGCAAGCCAGAAACAGGCCCAGAUGUGUUUGACUUUCCUUAAAAAUAUUGGCACGCUUGAUCCGGACUCCGGUGUGGAGGAAUUGGAGGCAUUUGUUGUCACUGAUAACAGCCUACACGAGUUAUUAAAAAAGACGCAGGGAAGGGUGGAUGAAAUCCGCACCUACAUGUCGGUCCUGUCCAGGAAGGUGAACGACCACCCUCUGUCACCUAGUGACGAUCUAUGCUGUGACGAGGGUCGAGAUCGGUGUCUAACGAAAAUGGGUCACCUCCGACAGGGAAUUGCAGCUGUCUCCAGCACCUUCAGCAAACACCGGAAGUACUCUGACCUGCAUGCGCACGAGGAGUUUAUUCAUAAGUGUGAAAGAGAGAAGCUGGAGAAUUCAUUAAUACCUGUCAUAGAGCUAUAUCAGAGUCACUGCGUGAAAAACCUCACAAAAGUACACCAUUGGUCCUCCCGAAAUAUCAGCGUCUUUCUGAAGCAUCUAGCACGGUCAGUAAAGGUGGAAACCAACGUAAGAUGCGUCACAGACUGUCUCGAUCAGAUGAACGAGAAACUGCUCAAGAUUGAAGAUUCAUUUAAAAUGGCGACGGAAAAGCUAAUGUCACUGUUUGCAACAAUAACAAGCCAAACAUCAAAGCUUCCAGUCAGCCUUCGGGAAACUCCAGAAGGGAGCUCGGCAUGUGCACGAGGCUCGUUCAACUCCGAAAGAAGUAUUCAAGUUUCCGAACGUAACGAGUUGCUGAAGAGUUUAAUUACAGAAAUUGACUAUAUUCGUAUUAGUGGCCAGGAACUUGGAACAGUUCUGUUGGAUAAUGAACGAUCCAUACAAGAACUUAAAAGUCGAUUGGAGAUGGCCUCUAUGCCCAGCAUGCUGUUCUCUACUCGCGGUGAAACCAGUGGGUAUGGUAGUGGUGCACCAAAUGUGUUCCUUCAGCCAAGUCAUGAUUUAAUUCCAAGACCAAGUCCUGGCAUCGAUGCAAAUGUUAGAGUUACGUCUAGUGAUGCUUUGCCUGUUUACCAUGGAGCUCAAAAUAACACAGGAACACCUAUUGUGCAUCCAAGUAAUUUGGAUUCUAAAUUUGAAACGCAUUUAUCAACGGAUUGUCCGAGAACAGUGCACGUGUAUAAUUCCCCAAAUCAUAUAAGUCCAUACCCUUCAAAUACCACUAACCAUUUGAAUCAUAUACACAGAACGGCCAAUGCGAUUUCAACAAAUAAUGGAUAUUCUUUGACGACCCCUCUUUCAGAGUCGACGAGGAUCGUUCAAGAAGCGUCGGUAUCGAAACCUACAAAUGUAAAUGCUAAAAAAAACUUCAAUACAACGUACGAAAAACAACUCGAUGAUUCAAAUUCUACGGAACUGAUUCCCCGCGGUGCAUUAUCGCCGUGUUAUAAUCUGAAGUCGGCAAAAAGAGCCAACAAUCCAGACCUAGGUUAUAAUUCUACAGACACUUUCGGUUCUUGAUGAAGGCCAGGGCAUGCGCUUUAACAGAAACAUAAUGUAUAAGGGUUGCAAACAUUUUGAAGGUUACUUUUUAAUACCAAUGUCGCUUAUUUCUAUACGAAAACGGGUCCCAAUUCAUGUAUAGUAAUCGACAUUUUGGCAUUGUAAAUUCCAUUUUAUUUAUUUUAGAGUAGAAUAAUGUAUGAAGUAAAUGCGUAUUUGCUAAAAAUAACGCACCUGAAAAGCAUGCUCGCUGUGUCUUGGUAUUUAAACAAAUAUCGCGGUUGUGUUAUAUACACGCAUGCAAAUGCAUUUGCUUCGAUGGAAGACACUAAACAAAUAAAUCUCCUUAGUUUUUUUUCGCAAUCAUGUCAUCCGAGAUUGUACGCGUCUCCUUGUCAUAAAUCGUAUUAAUCAUCUACAUCAUGCCGAAAACAUUCUAGCAAUUGAUUGAAUAAUAUUAAUGUUUUAUUUACGAAUGAUUUUAUUUACAUCACACACAAGUAUGAUAAUAUUAUAUAUUUAUGCCCCCCCCCUUCGAAGAAGAGGGGGUAUAUUGCUUUGCUCAUGUCGGUCUGUCUGUCUGUCGGUCGGUCCGUCCACCAGGUGGUUGUCAGACGAUAACUCAAGAAAGCUUGGGCCUAGGAUCAUGAAACUUUAUAGGUACAUUGAUCAUGACUCGCAGAUGACCCCUAUUGAUUUUGAGGUCACUAGGUCAAAGGUCAAGGUCACGGUGACCAGAAAUAGUAAAAUGGUUUUUGAAUGAUAACUCAAGAACGCAUACGCCUAGGAUCAUGAAACUUCAUAGGUGGAUUGAUCAUGACUUGCAGAUGACCCCUAUUGAUUUUGAGGUCACUAGGUCAAAGGUCAAGGUCACGGUGACCCGAAAUAGUAAAAUGGUUUCCGGAUGAUAACUCAAGAACGCAUACGCCUAGGAUCAUGAAACUUCAUGGAUAGAUUGAUCAUAACUCGCAGAUGACCCCUAUUGAUUUUGAGGUCACUAGGUCAAAGGUCAAGGUCACGGUGAUCCGAAAUAGUAAAAUGGUUUUCGGAUGAUAACUCAAGAACGCAUACGCCUAGGAUCAUGAAACUUCAUAGGUAGAUUGAUCAUGACUUGCAGAUGACCCCUAUUGAUUUUGAGAUUACAAGGUCAAAGGUUAAGGUCACGGUGACCCGAAAUAGUAAAAUGAUUUUCGGAUGAUAACUCAAGAACGCUUUUGCCUAGGAUCAUGACACUUCAAAGGUACAUUGAUCGUGACCCGCAGAUGACCCCUAUUGAUUUUCAGGUCACUAGGUCAAAGGUCAAGGUCACAGUGACAAAAAUCGUUUUCACACAAUGGCUGCCACUACAACGGACAGCCCAUAUGGGGGGCAUGCAUGUUUUACAAACAGCCCUUGUUAAUAACAAUAUAAACGAAAAAUAAUAACAAUUUUUAAUAAAACAAAUAUACCAUUGAAAUGAUGUUAUUACAAAAAUCUGCAAUUAUUAAAUUGCACAGUUUUGUUCAAUACUUUUGUGUAUUAUUGAUUGCAUACAUACACAAAUAAUGUAUGUCUUGUACCAUUUUGGCAAAAUUAUUACAACUUAUAAUUACCUCUCGUUUAAGUAAAUGAUAUUUUUAAUAUGGCUACAUAAUAUCAUGUAUUUGCUUAAUGCGUGAUGUUUAAAACUGUUAAUUAUUUAAAAAAAAGUAUUCGAUUAUAAUCUUAUGUAAAUAUCAAGUUAAAAUUAACCAAAAAUGUUGAGAAUAUCUCACAUAUGGGAUUUUUUUUCUAAUACUGUCCUCUUUUGUGGGUAUUGUCAAUACGUGACGUUUUCGUGAAGGCAAAAUCAACAGUUUGUCCGUACAUUUUCGUUGAAGUAAUUAAAAGUUUGCUAGCUGUGAGCACUAGGUCACGUGUUCAUUUUCGUGUUUGUUUAGACUGUUUAUAGUUUUUGAACUUUCGAUUUUAUUUUAAAUAAAAUGUUAACUUUGCUGUGUUUAUAAAGUGACUGUGUUUUUCUAGUAACGUUCACUAUGUGAACUUAUAUAUUGCAUAUGAAUCAUGCCAUUUUUAUUAUGGAGGUAACUUUUAUAACUUAUUUUUGUAUUGUAUUCCAUAAGAAUGUUGAAGCUAAUUUAUAAUCAUAGAACAUGAAAAACCUAGUAAACGUAGAUUAAAGGUGUCUUGCUUGAUUAGUAUUUGUUAUUAUAAAUAUUAAUGUAAUUAUGUAAACGUAAUAUAAUAUGGUUAACGUGUUUUUUACGUUUUUUAAACAAAAUAUAUGAAUGUGUAUAAGCCUUUACUAUAUCAUGAGAGAUUUAAGUGUCCAUUAAUAUCAAUGCAUCAAGCUUUACAGGACUGAUUUUUUUAUAUUUCCUUGUUUUAUAAAUAUACAAUAUAGGUAAUAUAUAAACAGUUAUAUAGUGUCGCUAUUUAAAUGUUUGUAACCUCAAGUCAUAUACAUAUUUGAUUGAAACACGUGUUCUUGUGGAAUUUUCUUUCCUAGUUAUUUUAAUUUCAUUUAGCACAUACUAGUUAAUUGUUUAUGUUGUUAGUGCUCAGUAAUGAAGACAUUUUGCACUCCUAUUGAUUAUCUUGGUCGCACACAUGCACGUUUUUUAAAAGAUUGUAUUUGUUUAUAAUCCGUUGAAUCCACAACGCUCUCACUUCUUGUUGAUAUUCAACACGUCUUUGAGGGCAAGACAUGGAAUUUUGUUUUCUAUGAAAACAUAUAACACUACUGUGUUUAUAUGAGUUCAUACAGAAUUCAAUUUCUAAUGGUUUUGAUUGUACAUGUACAAACAAUAUUACAUUUAUAUGCUACGAGAGUUGUUCACUGUUGUGCUUAGUUGAUGAUAGUUCUCACGUUCUGUUGAAAGUUUAUGUGACCCUUUACGCACCAUACGUUGUUAAGUAAAACAUGUUUUAAUGUCUCUGUUUCAGCGCAUGCCCGAUAUAACAUAGUUUGUUAUUUCAAUUAAACAUUUAACAAAG